GUGAUGGAUAAAGUUGAUGGAGAGGAAGAGAAUACACGCGCGUGGAUGAAGCGGCAUCCUGAAUACAGCGUCAUGACUUCCGGUCACCUAAAUCCUAAAACCAGCAUCAUGCCGUGGAACUGCAGGGAGCCGAGGAAUGUAGCGAACAGCGUGAUGCCAUCCUGUGAGGAACAGCGUGCUGCCACUGAGAUGAACUCUGGAGUCAUUUUACAGUGAAAAAGUGUGAUGCCAUCCUGCAUGAUGCCACUCUGGACUGAACAGUGCAAAGUUGUUUCCUAAUAAACAUUGUGACGUCAUCCUGGGUGAUUCCAGUGUACUAUGAAAAGUGUGAUGCCAUUCUGCAGUAAACAAGCUUGAUGCCGUCUGGUGUGAUGCCACUGUGCAGUGAAGAGUGUGAUGCCAUUUUAAGAAGUCUGUCUUUUUACAGUGAAGCGUGUGAUACUAUUCUGUAAAGAGCAGUGCGAUGCCAUUCUGUUUCAAACAGUGCAACAAAAUGUGUAAUGCCUUUCAUUUCGAAAUGGGCCGCGUGAUGCCACCCUGGGUGAUGCCAUUCUGCAGCGAACAGUCAAUUCGCAAUGAAAACAAGCAUCAGACUCUCCUGCGCUGACUUCUGAGCGGCGCCAUGCACUUGGCGGACGUGCUCGCGUGCAUCGCGGUGCUCGCUGUCCUGGCGGUCUCGCUGCUGUCCAACGCGCUCGUGCUGAUCUGCUUCGCGUGCAGCCCCGAGAUCAGGAAGCGCGCGGCGUGCCUUUUCACGCUCAACCUGGCCACGUGCAACCUGAUGCUCACCGUCACGAGCAUGCCUCUCAUGCUGCUCGCGCUCGCAGGCCACGCGCAGCCGGGAGGCGACGGGCUGUGUCGCGCGGCCGCCUUCCUCGAGACCUUCCUGAGCGCCAACGCCAUGCUCACGGUGGCCGCGCUCAGCGUGGACGGCUGGAUGGCGGUGGUCUUCCCGCUCAGCUACCGCUCCAGGAUGCGCCACCGGGACGCCGCGCUCGCGCUCGCCUACGCGUGGGCGCACUCCGCGUGCUUCGCGGCGGCCGCUGCGUGCCUCUCGUGGCACGGCUACCACGGGCUCUACGCGUCGUGCACGCUGCGCGCCAACGCCUCCGCCGCCUCCAGCGUGCCUUUCGCCGCGUUCACGGCGGCCUUCCACGCGCUCACUUUCCUGCUGUCGCUCGUCGUGCUGUGCGUCGCCUACCUCAAAGUGCUCCGAGUCGCGCGCUUCCACUGCAAGCGCAUUGACGUGAUCACCAUGCAGACCCUCGUGCUGCUCGUGGACAUCCACCCCAGCGUUCGACAGCGAUGCCUGGAGGAACAGAGGAGGCGACGGCAGCGAGCAGCCAGGAAGAUCAGCACAUUCAUUGGCACUUUUGUGCUUUGUUUCGCACCCUACGUGAUCACAAGGCUUGUGGAACUUUGGCCUGCAGUUCCUAUAAAUCAACACUGGGGGGUGCUGUGUAAAUGUCUGGCCUACAGUAAAGCAGCAUGUGACCCCUUCGUCUACUCCCUGCUCCGGCACCAGUACCGGAAAGCCUGCACUGACAUCAUCAACCGGAUCCUAAAGAUCCGGAGGUCUAUGAACUCGUCAGACGAGUGGCAGCGAGCAAACGGUCCCAACACCGUCGUUCAGGCCAUGGAGCUACCAGGAACACUGAAGGAAUGUACAGCGUAAAAAACAAAAACAGGUGUGAUGAUGAUGAGGAGCUUCUACGCACAAGAACUGUGAAGAUUCCACUCUACCCAAAUGAUCCACUGGAGAUUCCAGAACGGUCCGUUCUCUAGAAUGGACAAUUGUA